AUGUUUCAACGCGAUCCUCGCGCUGGUGCGUUCCUAGGAGGCGACAGAGUAUCUGGUCAGGACAUUCGGGAUCAGAAUGUACUUGCUGCUCAAACAAUCGCCAACAUCGUGAAAAGUUCACUAGGCCCAAUGGGUCUUGACAAAAUGCUGGUAGAUAACAUUGGGGAAGUCACGAUCUCAAAUGACGGCGCGACUAUAUUGUCUCUUCUUGCAGUAGAGCAUCCGGCGGGAAGAGUUUUUGUAGAUCUCGCUCAAAAGCAGGACAAGGAAGUUGGAGAUGGUACAACUUCUGUUGUGCUUAUAGCUGCAGAGCUCCUUCGACGAGCAAACGAGCUCGUGAAGCAAAAGAUCCAUCCAACAACUAUCAUUACGGGUUACCGACUUGCCUGCAGGGAGGCCUGUAAAUUCAUGCAAGAUCAACUGAGCAUUAAAGUAGACUCGUUGGGUCGUGAUGCUUUGGUCAAUGCAGCAAAGACUAGCAUGUCGAGUAAGAUCAUCGGGGGUGAUGACGACCUCUUUGCUCCCAUGGCAGUCGAUGCUAUGUUGGCAGUCAAGACUAUCAAUAGUCGAGGAGACAUCAAAUAUCCCGUAAAGGCGGUCAACGUGCUCAAAGCGCAUGGACGCAGUGCUCGAGAGUCUAUGUAUGUGAAGGGUUAUGCACUGAAUUGUACAGUGGCGAGUCAAGCUAUGAAGACUCGCAUCACAAACGCGAAGAUCGCAUGUCUGGACAUUAACCUGCAGAAAGCACGCAUGCAAUUAGGUGUGCAAAUCCUCGUGGACGAUCCAAAUCAACUAGAAGAUAUUCGCAGACGCGAGUCUGAGAUUACACUCGAACGCAUCCGCAAGAUUCUGGCUGCCGGAGCAAAUGUUGUGCUCACGACGAAGGGUAUUGAUGAUCUGUGCUUGAAAGAAUUUGUUGAAGCUGGUGCCAUGGCGGUCAGACGGUGUAGGAAAGAGGACCUGCGCCGCAUUGCCAAAGCUACUGGUGGAACUUUGGUGUCCAGUCUCGCCAAUCUAGAAGGGGAGGAGUCUUUCGAGCCAAGUUACCUAGGCACUGCAGAUGAAGUCGUCCAAGAGCGCAUCUCAGAUGAUGAGCUGAUUUUAAUCAAGGGUACCAAGGUGGUCAGUUCCUCGUCCAUUGUGUUGCGAGGUGCAAAUGAUUACAUGCUCGACGAAAUGGAGCGGGCGUUACAUGAUACUCUGUCAAUCAUCAAGCGGACUCUAGAGAGUGGGUCAGUCGUUCCCGGUGGAGGUGCUGUCGAGACAGCACUCUCAAUAUACUUGGAGAACUUCGCCACGACAUUGGGAUCGCGCGAGCAGCUAGCAAUUGCAGAGUUCGCGAGCGCCCUUCUCGUCAUUCCGAAGACUCUUUCUGUAAACGCUGCGAAAGACUCGACUGAUCUGGUUGCGAAAUUGCGUUCGUACCAUAAUGCUGCACAAAACGCUCCUGCGGGUGACCCGAAGAAAGUUCUCAUGCGGUAUGGCCUCGACUUACUCAACGGUGAAGUGCGGGACAACGUGACGGCAGGAAUCCUUGAGCCGACCUUGAGUAAGGUCCGGAGUCUGAAAUCUGCGUUUGAGGCUGCGGUAUCGCUCUUGCGCAUUGAUGAUGCAAUUCAGUGUGUCCCCGAGUCGAAGGGGGAAGCCGACCCUCAUGGCCACUAA